UAUAGAGGGUCCGUAUUGACAAUCUCGUGUAUAGUAUAUUAUACCAAUUGGUCGCAAGAAGACCAUCAAGAUGUUGCCAGUUGUUCUAUUACUCCUCGCUGCAAGCGCCUUGGCGAACCCCUUUGGUAGGGUUAAUCAAGUAUCAUACGACGACGUCGGUUCCAACAGCGUCAUCGAGGGCAUUCUCGACAGCGUCGAUGGUGGAGACCUCACCUUCAACAUUUUGACUUUCGAAGCCAUCAUCAAAGACCUCGUCAGCUUGCCUGACCCCCGCAGCCAAGCCCUUGGUUUCGGUCAAGCCAUCGCUCUGGUCGGAUCCCUCGCCACUGGUAUUCCCGGUGACGCUUGUGCUGCUGCUCAAUUCAUUGACAAUUACGUCAAUGGAGUUCGCGACGGCCAAUCCGUGUUCAACUUCGUCAACAGUUUGGCAUCACAGAUCGACCUGGUCGCCCAGAUCUCCAGCGACAGUAACGCACUUCGUUUUGCCACUGGACCCCGCGGAAACUGCAACGGUGGUGGCAGAAACUACCAAUUCGAAGCAGCUUGGGACCUCAUCUUCGACUCCGCUACCCCUAGCCAAUUCAACUACAUCAACGAGCAGUACUGCACAGCUAAGCGUCUGAAGUCUUCUGUCAACGUGAACAGCAACAACGCAGCAGCCGUCAUCACCGCUGUCAGUCUCCCAGUCGUCAACAACAUCCUCUUGAACUCCCUCAAUGAAAUUACUGCUUUCGCUGGAGCCGUCGGCCAAGGCAACGCAAGAGCCGCCGCUGGCGCAGCCAAGCAAGCCCUGCUUCGUGCUGCUUCAAGCUACUAAUAAACAUCCCAGUUUAUUCUAAAAAUAAAUAUUUAUUAACAUAUACACACAAAUACAUAACUCGAGAACAAUGAACAUAUUAUAAAUAUAUACUCAUUAUAUUGUUAACACAAACUCCCUUUUCGGAACUGUUUUGAUAAUACCUUUAUAUGAUAUUAAUGUUUAUUUAUAUAAAUACAUGCUGAUGUUAUAUCACAAUG